UCAACCCCAUUAUUAUAUGAACUUUUAAUUAUUUUAUAUUUUUUAACUCUCUCUCUCUCUAAAACAAACUCUUGAAUCAAACACUGCUAGGUUCGUUAUUCUUCUACAGCUUUUGCUUGAAAUUCUGUGCAGUUUCUAAAAGGAACUGCACCGGGUGUUUGUGUUAUUGGAAUCAAAGUAAAUUGGGAUUGAAUUUGUUUUUUGUGGAACGACGGCGUAUGAUGGGAACCAUGGAGAGGCUUUUGUUGGCAAUGGAAAAUCAGGGUCCAGGUGGAGAAUCAUUGUUGGGUUCAAUCAAAAUUGCAGUUUUGCCAAUAGUUAAAGUUUUCACUAUGUGUUUCUUGGGACUUCUUAUGGCUUCUAAGUAUGUUAAUAUCUUACCUGCUUCUGGUAGAAGGCUUUUAAAUGGGCUGGUUUUUUCACUUUUGCUACCUUGCUUGAUAUUCUCUCAGUUAGGACAAGCUGUUACUUUGCAGAAGAUGCUUGAUUGGUGGUUUAUUCCCAUGAAUGUUAUUUUGAGUUCAAUAGUGGGCUCAAUCAUUGGAUUUAUUGUUGCCUCGAUUGUGCGUCCUCCAUACCCUUUCUUCAAGUUCACAAUUAUCCACAUUGGAAUCGGGAAUAUUGGGAAUGUGCCCCUUGUCCUGAUUGCUGCUUUAUGUCGAGACCAAAACAAUCCCUUCGGAGACUCACUUAAAUGUAGCACAGAUGGAACGGCCUAUAUAUCAUUUGGUCAAUGGGUUGGUGCUAUCAUCCUGUACACCUAUGUAUUUAAUAUGUUGGCACCUCCUCCAGAGGGAACUUUUGACAUUGAUAAUGAAAGGCUUCCAUUAAAGAGCAGUACUACAAAGAGUGAUGUUGUACCUGAACAAGUUCCAUUGCUUACUCAGGAGGAGGCAGAGGAGGUGGAGAGCAAUCUAGUCAGUUCAAGUGCUUCAGGAAAGUCGAAGAUGAAAAUUAUAUUAGCAUUCCUGUACGAGAAGUUGAAACUUAAGCAAAUUCUUCAACCCCCUAUCAUUGCAUCAAUUCUAGCCAUGACACUUGGUGCAGUCCCAUUUCUAAAGAAAUUGAUCUUUACGCCGGAUGCUCCACUAUUCUUCUUCACUGACAGUUGCAUGAUUCUUGGGGAGGCCAUGAUUCCUUGCAUUCUGUUGGCAUUGGGAGGCAACCUCGUCGAUGGGCCUGGAAGUUCAAAACUUGGUUUUCGGACAACUGCUGCUAUUGUUUUUGCACGGUUAGUUUUAGUGCCUCCUGUUGGACUCGGCAUCGUCAUGUUGGCUGACAAGCUCGGCUUUCUGCCCCCGAAUGAUAAGAUGUUUCGAUUUGUCCUACUACUACAGCAUUCGAUGCCGACGUCUGUCCUUUCAGGUGCUGUUGCUAAUUUAAGAGGGUGUGGAAGGGAGGCAGCUGCUGUCUUAUUCUGGGUCCACAUCUUUGCUGUAAUAUCAAUGGCUGGAUGGAUUGUUCUAUACCUUAGCAUACUCUUCUGAAACUGCAGACAGAUAUCAUGUUUAUGCAAUAAUGUUGAAAUUUUAUAUCUGGUAAUUACAAGGGUCUGAAAGCCAUAUAAUGUUGUAAUUUAAUCCCAUUAAUUUUGUCCAGUUGAAAUUUAGAUUAGUGGAGAAACACCUAAUUUGAUAUAGACUAUAGUGUGCCUAUAUAUGUUGAUUUAUAUAUGACGUCUAUUGAUUGGUGAUAUUCAUCAGAUGACCUUGUUUAGAAGAGCUGAAAAUAUUUAUUGAAAGAAACUCAACUUCUACAUUUAUUAAA